ACUCGUCAUCAAUUAACAGCACACUUGACGGAAAGAGUAACAAAAGUAUGAAUAUGUGAACAAAACGUAACUUUAGGUAUAAAAAUGAGACGAGAAGAACUAAAGGUAGCAAAAAAAGUGUAAAUUUCUCGAUACUUAGCUCAAGUGGCUUGGAAGGACGAGAUGGAAAUGUCGGAUUCCCCUUGUAUAACCGAAAAUUCGCUGCCUGCAAAAUAUAUUAAAUCUGUAGCAAAAACAAAGUGUGAAUUUCACGAUACUUACCUCAAGUGGCUUGGAAGGACAAGAUGGAAAUGUCGGAUUCCCCUCGUAACCGAAAAUUCGCUGCAGGAGCGAGAUACUCUCUAGCCUGCAAAAUAUAUUAAAUCUGUUUGAAAACCUUUGGAUUUACAUAUAAUUGCAUUGUAUUUUAUUAAGCUAGCCGUCCAAUUUGUCUUACACUGCUUCAUUACCAUUAACUAUUAAAUUUACUUUUAAUUAAUUUGUUUCUGUGUUUUGAUUAUCUCUAUAUAUGCCCCUCAAGAUACGAUAAUGACAUAAAACCCCACUCCCAGAGAAAGAAACUGUGAGAGAUGGCUGCAGCUGAGGAGGAAACCAGUAACUUCUCUGAACCCGAAGCACAUCCGAUGAGCGGUGGAGAUGGUCCCAACAGCUACGCCAACAACUCAACUUUGCAGAAAGGAGCCGUGGAUUCUGCAAAAGAACUUAUAAGCAAGGCAGUUGCCGAAAAGCUUGACACAGACGUGUUGUUAUCUUCUAACACCUUUCGCGUUGCCGAUUUGGGUUGCUCGGUCGGGCCAAAUACUUUUUUGUCUGUUGAAAACAUACUCGAAGCUGUUGAACUAAAGUAUCAAAGCCAAGGGCUGAACUCACAAAUCCCUGAAUUUCAAGUCUUCUUUAAUGAUCAUACUCUCAAUGAUUUUAACAAGCUCUUCAACUCCCUCCCGCAGAACAGGCGAUACUAUGCUGCUGGCGUGCCUGGUUCUUUCUACGGCCGCCUAUUUCCUAAUGGUUCUAUUAACUUUUUUCACUCAUCUUAUGCCCUUCAGUGGCUUUCUAGAGUACCAAAAGAGGUAGUGGACAAAAAUAGUCCGGCAUGGAACAAAGGAAGAAUCCAUUACUCAGAUUCCACUGAUGAAGUCUUAAAGGCUUACGAAGCUCAACACGCUGAGGACAUGGAGUGCUUUCUAAAUGCCAGGGCACAAGAGAUUGCAGAAGGAGGAUUGAUGGUACUCAUCAUUCCAGGCAACCCCAAUACUCUCCUUCAUUCAAAUUCAAUGGGACAUGUGACCUUUCAACUUAUAGGGUCUUGCCUCAUGGACAUGGCUAGAAAGGGAGUAGUGAGUGAAGAGGAAGUAGAUGCAUAUAACAUACCUCUGUACGCCAUGACUCCCCAAGAACUGGAAGCUUCUGUAGAAAGAAAUGAACUUUUUAACCUAGAGAAGUUGGAAACAUUACCUCAAGUGCCGAUUCCUCGCACUGUCCCUUUAACCCAACUCGCAUCACACGUAAGAGCUGCCUUUGAGGGAGUCAUCAAGCAGCAUUUCAGAGAAGAAAUCUUGGAUGAGCUCUUUGACUUGUACCUUAAGAAACUUGAAGAACAACCCUCUAUCCUUACAGCGGGGACUUCAACUGCAAUUAACUUUGUGGCCGUUCUUAAGCGGAAGGCAAAUUGAUGCGAUGAAGUUUGGUAUUUGUCAAGCUACAGUUAAACUUCCUUUGCCUUAAAAAUUUGUUGGAUUCGCCUUGUGAACGAAGAAAUCGAUGCUCUUGUUUAAAUGAUGUUUGUAAACCUUUGCCUCUAAAUAUAA